AAAACCGACAAUUUCGUGAAAUAAUUAUAAUUAAAUUUAACAGUCAAUUAAAUACCCGAUUUAUUAUACAAAUUUUCUUCCAUUUCCAUUUUCGUCUCGUAACACAAACAAUACCCCAAUCCAUAAAGCAAAAGAAAAAACGACACAAAAGAGAAAAGAAUAAGAACAACGAAGAACAAAACAAAACCGUUAAUUAACUACUAUAUAAUUAUCAAAAUUAGGGUUUACUUAUUAGUAUUCGAUUCUGCAAAAUCAAUUGAAUUGAAUUGAAAUCGAAACCGAAACGAUGAUGGAAGGAGCAAGCAAUGGAGGUAUGUUAUAUCAUGAGGUACAAGAAUCGAAGCUUUGUGCUGUUCAUUGCGUUAACACAGUUCUUCAAGGUCCAUUUUUCUCUGAAUUUGACUUAGCUGCACUCGCUUCCGAUCUCGAUAACAAAGAACGACAGAUGAUGAUGCUUCCCGCUCACUCUUCCGCUUCCGGUGAUUUAUUCUCUCAUAAUGUUUCUCUUGAUGGUGAUUUCAGCAUCCAGGUUUUACAAAAGGCUUUGGAAGUGUGGGACCUACAAGUCAUUCCCCUUGAUUCUCCAGUUGCCGAGCCUGCCCAGAUUGACCCUGAGCUGGAAAAUGCCUUCAUUUGUCAUCUGCAGGAUCAUUGGUUUUGUAUCCGCAAAGUGAAUGGAGAGUGGUAUAACUUUGACAGUCUCUACGCAGCUCCACAGCACCUUUCCAAGUUUUACCUUGCAGCCUACCUUGACUCUUUGAAAGGCUUUGGGUGGAGCAUAUUCCUGGUGAGAGGAAAUUUUCCAAAAGAGUUUCCCAUCUCUUCAGCUGAGUCUUCCAAUGGUUUCGGGCAGUGGCUUUCACCUGAAGAUGCUGAGAGAAUUACCAAAUCUUGCAACUCAGUACAGCAGGCUCCACGAGAAAGAGUUGUUGAUAGGCAACAACAUUCAAAUCAGUUUCUUUCACAUGAGGAAGCUGAAAUGUUUUCAGACAUGGAAGAUGAGGAUCUAAAGGCGGCUAUAGCAGCUAGUCUGAUGGAUUCGGCCCCAUCUGAAGCCAGUGCUCCUCAAAAUGAUGAUAAGCAAAAGAGUAUACAAGUGGAAAGCAUUGAAACUAGUCUACCUCCCAGUGAUGAAAGAAACAAACAUGUAGACGCUACUGAUGCUGGUUCUCUGAAGGAUACAAACAACCAAGUCGCAUCUUCUUUAGGUGGUGAUAAAUCUCAAAGUGAAAACCAGAAUAAAGAGAAAUCUCCCUGAGAGAAGAUUGUGGUUUAAUUUGCAUUUGAUUUGUUUUUGCAAUUGAGGACAAUAAUUUAUACCCGUUUAGUUUGUUGAAACAUACAUCAGUGGCUUAAAGUCAUUGUGUUGUGCAGUAUACACAUUCUCAUAUCAAUUGCAUGAUUUAUAAACUGUAAGGAAAACCCUUCAACAUUUUUUCUGAUUAUGAUAUUUAUCCAGUUUU